AGGAGGACAAAAGAGGAAAGAGGAAAGAAAGAGGAAAGGACAAAGAAGAAAGAGGACAGAAAGAGGAAAGAAGAAGAGGGACAAAGAAGAAAGAAGAAAGAAGAAAGGAAAGAAAGAGAAAGAGGAAAGAAGAAAGAGGACAGAAAGAGAAGAGAAGACAAAGAGGACAGAGGAAAAGAGGAACAAGAAAGAAAGAGAACGAGGAAAGAAAGAGAAAGAAAGAAAGAAAGAAGAAGAAAGAGGACAGACAGAAAGAGGAAAGAAAGAAAGAGGACAGAAAGAGAAAAGAGGAAAGACAAAGAAAAGAGGAAAAGAAGGAAAGAAAGAGGAAGAGAGAAAGAAGAAAGAGAAAGAAAGAAAGAGGACAAAAGAGGAAAGGAAGAAAGAGGACAAAAGAGGAAGAAGAAAGAGGAAAGGAAAGAGGAAGAAAGAAGAAAGACAGAAGAAGAAAGAAAGAGGAAGAAGAAAGAGGAAAGAGAAAGAGGACAGAAGGAGGACAGAAAGAGAAGAGGAAAAGAAAGAAAGAGGACAGAAAGAGGAAAAGAGGACAGGAGAAAGAGGACAGAAGAAAGAAGGAAAGAGGAAAGAAGGAAGAAAGAGGACAGGAGAGGACAGGAAAGAGGAAAGAGGAAAGAAAGAAGAAAGAGGACAGAGGAAGAAAAAGAGGAAGAAAGAGGACAGAAAGAGGAAAGAGAACAGAGGAGAAAGAGGAACAGAAAGAGGAAAGAAGAAAGGAAGAAAGAGGAAGAAAGAAGAAAGAAGAAAGAGGGAAAAGAGGAAAAAAGGAAAGAAAGAGGAAAGAGAAAGAGGACAGAAAGAGGAAAGAGGAAAAGAGAAAAAGAGGAAGAAAGAGGACGAGGAAAAGAGGAAAGAAGAAAAGAGGACAGAAAGAGGAAAGAAGAAAGAGGACAGGAAAGAAGAAAGAGGAAAGAAGAAAGAGGACAGAAAAGAGGAAAGGAAAGAGGACAGAAAGAAGAAAAGAGGAAAGAAAGAAAGAGGGAAAGAAGACAGAAAGAGGAAAGAAGAAAGAGACAGAAAGAGGAAAGAGAAGAGGAAAGAGGACAGGAAAGAGGAAAGAGGAAAGAAAGAAGAAAGAGGACAGAAAGAGGAAAGAAGAAAGAGGAAAGAAGAAAGAGGAAAGAAAAGAGAGAGGAAAGAAGAAAGAGAAAGAAAGAGGAAAGAAGAGGAAAGAAAGAGGAAGAAAGAAGAAAGAGGACAGAAAGAGAAAAGAAGAAAAGAGGAAAGAGAGGAAGAAAGAAGAAAGAGGACAGAAAGAAGAAAGAGGAAAGAAAGAGGAAAGAGAAAAGAGAAAAAAGAGGAAAGAAGAAAGAGGACAGAAAGAGGGAGGAAAAGAAGAAAGAGGAAAGAAAGAGGAAAGAAAGAAGAAAGAGGACAGGAAAGAAAAAGAAAGAGAAAGAGAAAGGAGAAGGAAAGAAGAAAGAGGACAGAAAGAGGAAAGAAGAAAGAGGAAAGAAAGAGGAAAGAGGAAGAAAAGAAGAAGAGGAAAGG